GGAAAAACUCCAGACUCCGCCACCCCGGAGCCUUCAUCCCCCUCCCCGCCACCCUCCUCCUCCUCCUUUCAGUUAUCCCAGGACCUUCCUCCUCCUCCUCCUCCUCGUCAUCCCGGGAUCUUCCUCCCGCUCCCUCCUCCUCCUCCUUUCCGUUAACCGGAGACCUUCAUCCUCCUCCUCCUCCUCCUCCUCCUCGUCCUUCCUCCGUUAUCCCGGCAAAACCUUCUCCGUUAUUCCUGAAAUCUUCCUCCCUCCCUCCUCCUCCUCCUCCUCCUCCUCCUUUGAGUUAUCCCGGGACUUUCCUCCUCUCCUCUUCGUCAUCCCAAGAAAAAAUUCUUCUCCUCUUCGUCACCCCGGGGCCUUCCUCCCUCCCCCGCCCUCCUCCUCCUCCUCCUCCUCCGCUCUCCCGGGAAAAGUUUUGCCGGUUCCGUCAUCCCUGGACCUUCCUCCUCCUCCUCCUCCUCUUCGUCAUCCCGGGGCCUUCAUCCCAUCCCCGCCCUCCCUCCGCUGUCCCGGGAUCUCCCUCCCUCCCUCCCUCCCUCCCUCCCCCUCCUCCUCCUUCCUCCGUUAUCCAGGGAAAAACUUCACCGUUAUUCCUGAGAUCUUCCACCCUCCCUCCUCCUCCUUCUCCUCCUCCUCCUCCUUUCGGUUAUCCCGGGACUUUCCUCGUCCUCUUCUUCGUCAUCCCAAGAAAAAAUUCUCCUCCUCUUCGUCACCCCAGGGCCUUCAUCCCUCCCCCGCCCGCCCUCCUCCUCCUCCGUCAUCCCAGGAAAAACUUCUCCAUUAUUCGCGGGAUCUUCCUCCCUCCCGCUUCCUCCUCCUUCUCCGUUAUCCCGGGACCUUCAUCCCACCCCCGGGACCUUCCUCCUCCUCCUCCUCGUCAUCCCGGGAUCUCCCUCCCCCUCCCUCCCCUCCUCCUCCUCCUCCUCCUCCUCCUCCUCCUCCGUCAUCCCAGGAAAAACUUUUCCUCCUCCGUCAUCCCGGAGCCUUCAUCCCCCCCCCCUCAUCCUCCUCCUCCGCUAUCCGGGCAAAAACUUCUCCGUUAUUCCCGAGACCUUCCUCCCUCCCUCCUCCUCCUCCUCCCCGCUAUCCCGAGACCUUCCUCCCUCCCCCGCUCCCUCCUCCUCCUCCUCCUCCUCCUCCUCCUCCUCCUCCUCGUCAUCCCGGGGGAAUCUUUUCCUCCUCCGUCAUCCCGGGAUCUUCAUCCCCUCCCCGCCCUGCUCCUCCUCCUCUUUUCCGUUACCCGGGGCCUUCCUCCCUCCUCCUCCUCCUCCUCCUCGUCGGGGCCAUGGGGGGGGGUCUCGGCGGGGCCCCCCCUCUCCUGUCGCUGUCGCUGUCGCUGUCGCUGCUGGUGGCGGCCGCAGCCCCGGGAGCGACCCCGGCCCCGCCCGGUGUGCGGUUCCUGGAGGAGCCCUCGGACACCGUCGCUGCCCCCGGCGGCUCCGUGCGCCUGCGCUGCCGCGUGCGGGGGGCGGGGCCAGGGCUGGGGGCGGGGCCCGAGCUGGGGGCGGGGCCCCCCGAGCUGGGCUGGGAGCGCGACGGCGCCGCCCUCGAUGGGGACACGGACCUGGCGCAGGUGGCGCUGCCGGAUGGGGGAUGGGUGGCCACCAGCCAGCUCAGCCUCUCUCCCGUCUCUGGCUCCGACUCCGGCCGCUAUCGCUGCUGGGCGCGCGCGGGGGGCGGGGCGCGGCUGCUCUCCCGCGAGGCUCACCUGGAGCUGGCAGGUCUCCCGGUGUUCCUGGAGGAGCCCCAGGACCGCGCUGUUCCCGCUCUCGCCCCGUUCUCGCUGCGCUGCUCCGCCCGCGGCCCCCCCGAGCCCGUGCGGCUGCGCUGGCUGCGGGACGGGACCCCCCAGAACCGGCCCGGGGACCCCCUGGGACAGAGCCCCUCCGUGCUCUGGGUGUCGGGUCUGAACCGCAGCAGCUCCUUCUCGUGCGAGGCGCACAAUGAGCGCGGGGUCAGCACGUCCCGGAGCGCCACCGUCACCGUUCUGGGCCCGGCCCCCAAAAAUCUGGGGUUGGUCCGGGCGGGGCCGCGGUGGCUGGAGGUGGCCUGGGAGCCUGGGGACAGCACUGGGGACAUCGGGGACAGCGCUGGAGACACCAGGGACAGAGGGUCCCAGGAGUGCACGGUGCAGGUGUUCCCGGCCGAUGUCGCCGAUGACGUCACCGCUGUCGCCGAUGACGUCGCCGCUGUCGCCGCCCCUGUCGCGAUAUCGCACUCGGUGUCGGUGCCGCCCUUCGCGCUCCGCCUGCCGGGGCUCCGCCCCCUGUCGCGAUACCGCGCGCGCGUGGCCUGUCGCGACAGGCGCGGCCCCACGGCCUGGAGCCAGUGGGUGACAGCGAGCACGGCGGAGGGCGUUCCCGCGGGGCCCCCCCAGAACGUCAGCGCCCACUGGGUGGGGGAGGGGCGCGCCCGGCUGCGCUGGGGGCCGCCCCUCCCCCCCCUGAACGGGAUCCUGGGCGGCUUCCGGGUGGGCUACGGGACCCCCGCCCAGCCCGAGGUGGUUCUGGACGUGGGGUUGGUUCACGAGGCCCUGCUGGAUUUGGGGUCCCUGGGCCCCAACGUCACCCUGAGGGUGGCACCCUACACCGGAGGGGGGGAGGGGCCCUGGAGCCCCCCCCUGCUGCUGCCGUCCCCUGCCGAGGCCCCACUGGAGACGCAGCUGGUGCGGCCCCCGCAGCUCCCCGGUGCCUGGUGGCCGGCGCUGAUGGCCCUGGUGGCCUUGGGGACGCUGGCUCUGGUGGCAGUGGUGGCGCUGGCGGCGCGGAGACGGCACAAGGAGACAAGAUACGGCGCCGCGUUCUCUCCCGCCGUUCGUUUCCGUGUGCGCAGCUCAUACGGGCGCCGCUCAGCGCAGGCCACGCUGAACCGUUUGGGGAUCAGCCCUGAGCUCAAGGAGAAGCUCCGGGACGUUCUCGUCGAGCGGCACCGGGUGGCGCUGGGCAAGACACUAGGCGAGGGUGAGUUCGGCUCGGUGGUGGAGGGGACGCUGCACCAGGACUCGGGGGUGCUGCGCGUGGCCGUCAAGACCAUGAAACUCGCCAUCUGCUCGCGGGGGGAGCUCGAGGAUUUCCUGAGCGAGGCCGUGUGCAUGAAGGAGUUCGACCACCCCAACGUCAUGAAGCUGAUCGGGGUCUGCCUGCAGCCGUGGGGGGGUGGCGAGGAGGGGCCGCCCCCUCCCCCCAUCGUCCUGCUGCCCUUCAUGGCCCACGGGGACCUGCACAGCUUCCUGCUCUGCGCCCGCCUCGGGGACCCCCCUAAGGCGCUGUCCCCCCGCACCCUGCUGGGGUUCAUGGCCGACAUCGCGGCCGGGAUGAGUUACCUGAGCCAGAGGAACUUCGUGCACCGAGACCUGGCGGCGAGGAACUGCAUGCUGGACGAGCGGCUCCGUGUGCGCGUGGCGGAUUUCGGGCUUUCCAAGCAGGUCGGGGGGUCGCUCUAUUACCGGCAGGGCCGCGGCGCCCCUGUCCCCGUCAAGUGGGUGGCGCUGGAGAGCCUGGCUGAGCGGGUCUACACCACCAAGAGCGAUGUGUGGUCAUUCGGAGUGACCAUGUGGGAGAUCGCUGCCCGCGGGCUGACGCCGUACCCGGGGCUGGAGAACAGCGAGGUGUUCGAGUUCCUGCGGGGGGGGCGGCGUCUGGGGGCGCCCCCGCAGUGUCCACCCCGGCUGUACGCCCUCAUGCGCCGCUGCUGGGCCGCCGACCCCCGGGCCCGCCCGACCUUCGAGGAGCUGGGAGGGGCUCUGGGAGGGCUCCUGCGGGGGCUGCCUCCCACCCCGGGGACCCCCGACCCCCUCUACGUCAACAUGGGCCAGGGAGGGGGUGGGGCGGCGGCCGCGACCCCCCCCGAGCCCUCCAAAACCUCCCCGGAGCCCCCUGGCAGCGAGGGGGCGGGGCCCGGCCGCUACGUGCUCUGCCCCGCCCCCCCCGAUUUUGGGACACCCCCCGAUCCCGAUUUUGGGGGUGUUCCCCCCGAUUUUGGGGCUUCUGAGGAGGGGGCGUGAUGGGAAGGUCGCCCUCCCCCCAAGAAAAAAAAAAAAGCUGUGGUACUGCCAGGGAUCCCCUCCCCCAAAAUAGGAGGGACCCUCCCUCAAAAGGUACUCGGGCAUUGUGGGACCCCCUCCAAAAUAACGGGACCCCCUUGGGACCCCCCCAGAAUAAAGGAACCCCCCCAAAAAAGGACUGCCCCCAGACUAAAUGGGGGGGAUAGGAGGGACCCCCCCAAAGGAACUCGGGCAUUGGGGGACCCCCCCCAAAAAAAAGGGACCCCCCAAAAUGAAAGGAACCCGCAAAAGGGAAGGACCCCCUUGGGACCCCCCCAAAAUGAAGGAACCCCCGCAAAAGGUUCUCGGGCAUUGUGGGAUGCCCCAAAAUCAGGGACCCCCCCCCUAAAAAAAAAGGGACUAUCCCCAAAAUAAAGGGGGGGAUAGGUACCCAAAGGUACUGGGGUACCCCAGGGACCCCCCCUGAAAUAAAGGGACCCCCCAAAAUUAAGGGAACCCCCAAAAGGUACACGGGCGUUGUGGGACCCCCCCCCAGAAUAACGGGACCCCCCAAAAUAAAGGGACCCCCCCCAAUAGGAGGGACCCCCCCUAAAGGUACUGAGGCACCCCAGGAACCUUUCCCCCCAAAGGAACUCGGGCAUUGUGGGACCCCCUCCCUAAAAUAAAGGGAGCCCUCCAAAAUGAAGGAAACCCCACAAAGGUACUCGGGCAUUGUGGGACCCCCCCCCCC